AGGAGGGCAAGAAGCUGAGAAUGAAUCGGAAUUUGAAACGUAACAGGCGACCCUGAGCUGUGCAAUGUAAAAUCAUUUUAUAUAAUUAUAUUUUUAUAAUUAUAAAGGCACGGGCAUUUUUAAGCGACUCAGUAAGUGACUUAAGUUUAGACUUUUGCUUCUUGCAGUAGGGCUGAGCGCACGUGGCCGGAGGAGGAGUGCGUGCUCCGGGCAACGUUCUACAUCUGGGCCAAGGUUCGAAUUUUUGAUUAAAAUGUCUUUCCGUGGAGGUAGGGGUGGAGGAGGUGGCGGCUUCAGUAGAGGAGGAAGAGGAGGUGGCGGCUUUGGUGGGGGAGGAAGAGGAGGAAGCGGCUACGGCGGAGGAGGAGGAAGAGGAGGCGGCUUUGGUGGAGGAAGAGGAGGACGUGGUGGUGGUGGAUUUCGUGGGGGUGGGCGAGGAGGCUUCAAUAGAGGAUAUGAUCAGGGUCCUCCUGAUAGCGUAGUAGAAUUAGGACAUUUCAUGCAUCCCUGUGAAGAUGAAAUUGUUUGCAAGUGCACUUCAGAAGAAAAUAAAGUCCCGUAUUUCAAUGCACCAGUUUACUUGGAAAACAAAGAACAGAUUGGAAAAGUUGAUGAAAUAUUUGGGCAGCUCAGAGAUUUUUAUUUUUCAGUUAAAUUAUCAGACAACAUGAAAGCUAGUUCCUUUAAGAAACUACAAAAGUUUUAUGUUGAUCCAGCAAAACUACUCCCUCUUCAGCGAUUUUUGCCCCGGCCAGCUGGUGAAAAGAGCCGAGGAAGAGGAGGUCGUGGAGGAGGAAGAGGGGGUCGAGGCGGUGGAUUUGGAGGACGAGGCGGUGGUUUCAGGGGAGGCAGGGGGGGCAGUUUCAGAGGAGGCAGAGGUGGAGGAGGAGGCCGUGGUUUUAGAGGUGGGGGCGGAAGGUGAAAUUACAAAUAUUUGAAGAUCGUGCAGCAACCUACAAGUUGACUGUUUUAGUCCUCCCUUAUUUUGCCAGAAAAGAACUGCAACAGAUUUUUGUGGUUUAUUUUAUGUAAGGUAUUAUUGUAUUAUUUGCAUAGUAAUAAAUCACAUCUGUAUGUAUUGAUAUAGAUGUAUUUGAGGGUCCAAAGUGCCAGUCCCUAAUUUGUUUAUAUAGUGAUGGAAAUAUCAUCAAUAUUCUAAUCCAAAUAGUUCUGAACACAUAUUGUGCACAAGAAUACAAAGGAAGUAGUUUGUAUUGAACUAAGGGAAUCGUACAAUGUUAUACUGAUUAUAAAAUACUUGUUCUACAAAAUAGUACACUUUGAGAUAAUGUUUCAGAAUAAUAUGUUUUAAAAUAAAUGUUUUUACACAAA